CGCCGCCGCCGCGGGUGCCUGGGGGGUGCCGCCUACCUGGGGGAAAGUGAGGGCCCAGGUGCCUGAGGGUGCCCGGGGGCCACCGCCUUUUCCUCCCCCACCUUGCGGGGACCGUCACGCCCUGGAGCCGGCGCGGCAGCCCAGUUCCUCAAAGCUCCUCGUCACCCGAGCCAGCCGGCCAGCCGGUGAGCGCUGGGAACUGGAUCUUGGAGCUGCCAGCGUGUUUACUCACGACUCCGGGGGGUGGCCUGGCAGCCUGACCCUGCACUGCCUCCGAUUCGGAGCGGGCCCCGCGGAUGCCGCCGGCUGCUGGCUCAGCGAUGUUUAUCUCCUCUCGGGCCGGCUGAGGAGGGCUGCCGGCUUUCCUCUCCAGGCAGCCCAGGGCUCCCGGCAGCGCCCAGCAGGGAGAGGGGAGAGGACCCCCGCGUUUCACCGCUUUCCUGCCUCCCCACCUCCCGGCCCCAUGGAUUACCUGGGAGACAAACUCACGGUGGCCCAAACCCACAUGACCCAGUGGAUGGGGACCGUCCGGCGGUCCUUCCAGGAGGCCCUCAACUUAGUGACCAGCACGGUGGGCCCCGAGCGGGCGAGUGGGGAACCCUCCGGCCGGACCCCCUUCAAGCGCACCUCGUCCUUCCGACACCUCGCUUCCCGCAGCCGGGAAUCCUUACGCCGCUUCUCUGCGCGAAGCCAACAGAGAUUUUCUUCCCUGAGGAAAAGGCAGCCGGACUCGGAGCCACCAGAUCUUGAUCAGCUGAAGCAGUGUUUCUCCAGGCGGACCCCCGAGGCCAAGGACACUGACACCCUCGUGCAGGAAGCCGACAGCCAGUAUGGGACGUGGCUGGACCAGCACCAGAGCGGGGAGAGCUUGGCCCCCGAGUCCCCAUCCCCGGACAGCAGUGCCACGUCAGCUCAGAAGCAGCCCCCCAGCAGCCGCUUGUCCUCCCUGUCCUCCCAAACGGAGACCACCUCUGCUGAGGACCAGCACGACCGCUCCAAGGACCAGCAGAGCACCAGCGUGGACCGAUCCAGCACGGACCUGGAAUCCGCUGACGGGAUGGAGGGGCCGCCCCCCGCGGACGCCUGCCCCGCAGAGAGGGUGGACGAUUUCUCCUUUAUCCGUCAAACCUCAGUCCUCGACUCAAGUGCCCUAAAGACCCGGGUGCAGCUCAGCAAGAGAAGCCGCCGCCGGGCUCCCAUCUCCCACUCCCUCCGGCGCAGCCGAGUCAGCGAGUCGGAGAGCAGGUCUCCUUUGGAGGAGGAGGCCAACAGCACGUGGAUGUUCAAGGACUCCACAGAGGAGAAAUCCCCCAGGAAGGAAGAGUCAGAUGAGGAGGAGAAGACACCCAGAGCUGAGAGGACGCCCACCAGCCGACCCCAGAGGAUGCCCGUGUUUCCAGGCAUGGACCCGGCAGCGCUGAAGGCUCAACUGCACAAGAGGCCAGAGAUGGACAGUCCCAGCGAUACCCCCAGCUGGGCCCCCCAGCCCAAGACCCCCAAGUCCCCCUUCCAGCCUGGGGUGCUGGGCAGUCGUGUGCUGCCUUCCAGCAUGGAGAAGGACGAGAGAUCGGAAGAGCCCUCUCCCCAGUGGCUAAAGGAGCUGAAAUCCAAGAAGAGGCAAAGCUUGUAUGAAAAUCAAGCUUGAGCAGACAGGGGGCACUGCCACGUCUAAUGAACAAGCCUUAACUGUCAGCGCCCGAAGACGAGGCCCCGCUGCUGCUUCCUGCACAAACCUGGGCCCUUCCGGUCGGUCGGUCUGUCGGUCGGGUGCAGAAGGCUGCCCAAUGCCCCCCGCCCCCCGUCACCACAGGCUCUCCCGGACGGAUCGGGCCAGGAAGGCUCACCCUCCACGAGCACGUGCUCCGUCUCCCCAGACAGCACUUCAGGCUGGGAAAGAAGCCAGGCGACCCAGAAAUGUCCACGCUGGUGGUUUUGUUUUGUUUUGUUUAAUGUAAAAAUGUGCAUUUCUACCCGUUUUAAACCCCUGCAGCAGCUCCAGGAGCAUGGAUGUAAGGCUGGACCGUCUCCCCUGGGUUCUGAGUCGUGAAAGCGCCUCUUCCCCCGAACCCCACCCAGGGCUGGUCUUUUUUCGAAAGGACAUUUCCAAGGAAGAUGAAACCAUACAUUUCCUGCUGUAACUGUGGUCCCAGCAGUACCACCGGGUUGGGGGCUUUGAUCGCUCCUUUGGCGAAUUCCUUCUCCCUCUCGAAGAAUCAACAGUUCUGAUCUUUAAACACACCCACCCUCAUUCUUUCAAGUGUAUUUAUCCUCCCAGUGGGGCUGUGUGCAGAGCUUGCCUGUUCCAUUGUACAUCACGUUUUGUUUGCUUUAGAAGGCGAUAAAGCAAUAAUCCAGCCAACUUUCUUUGAAAUUUGAUAUGUAUAUAUGUUUUUAUGUUAAAGAACAGGAGGAGAGGCGUGUGAAUAGUUUGCUUGAAGUAUCCAAUCAUCUCAGGUUAUCUUAUCCCUACCCCAGGCUUUU